AUGGAAAAUAUCAUAGAGUCUGGUAGUCAACCUUCCAACUCUUCACUUCAUAGAUCUACAGUGGUGGAAGCUCAGACUGUUGAGAUAAAUAAUGAUCAACAGAAUGUGCAACCUACUGCUGCGGUUCUUCCGAAGAAAAGGAAGGUAGUUGAAUCCAGAUCUCCUGUGUGGGAUCAUUUUGAAAAGAUUGUUGAUGAGAAUAAUGUUACUGUUGAGGGCAAGUGUAUAUAUUGUGCCAAAAUAUAUAAAUGUGAGACCAAAAAACAUGGUACUUCAUCAUUGAGAACCCACAUGUUUAACUGUCUUAAAAACCCUCACUCAAAAGACACAAGGCAAUCACUUCUGACCUUUCAAGCUGUUACCAAUUCUGAUGCAUCUCCUGCUACUGUUGGUGAGUUAGGAACUUGGGUCUUUAAUCAAGAAGCUAUUAGGAAGGCCUUAGUUGAAAUGAUUAUAAUAGAUGAACUCCCUUUUAGAUUUGUUGAAGGUCCUGGAUUUAGGAAGUUCAUUCUGGUAUGUUGUCCUAGGUUUAAGAUUCCAUCAAGAUGGACAAUUAGUAGGGAUAUCAAUUUGAUUUAUGAAGAGGAAAGGCUCAAGUUGAAGUGCAUGUUUAGGGGAAACACUCAAAGAGUCAGUAUUACUACUGACACUUGGAUUUCUAUUCAGAGAAUUAACUACAUGGUAGUUAUUGCUCACUUUAUAGAUGAAGAGUGGAGGCUAAAUAAAAAAAUUAUUUCAUUUGUCCCUGUCACAUCACACAAAGGUGAGUCUGUUGCAAAAUCCCUUGAAAACUGUUUGCUGGAUUGGGGUAUUAGAAAUGUCUACACUAUUACAGUGGACAAUGCAUCAUCAAAUGACACUGCCCUAGUUGUGCAAGAUGGGCUAAAACAGUGUGAUGAUUCUGUGAAGAAGGUUAGGGAUGCUGUAAGGUAUGUGAGAAGUUCACCUGCUAGACUUAAGAAAUUUAAGGACUUGUCUAAAUGGCUUGGGAUUGAAAAGAAAUCUUCUCUGUGUCUAGAUGUUCCAACCAGAUGGAACUCUACAUAUCUUAUGUUACAAUCUGCAGUAUUUUAUGAGAAAGUGUUUUAUUCACUUGAAGAAAGUGAUUCUUCCUUCAAAUCAGAUUUGGGUGAUUCUAUUCCUAACUUUCUUGAUUGGGAGUCUGUGAAGAGUUUGGUGAAUCUGUUGAAGUGUUUUUAUGAUAUGACAAUAAGAAUUUCAGCUGGUGGUUCUGUGAAAUUGAUGGGGGAAACUAUGAAGGUUAAAUUUGAAAAGUAUUGGGGGGAUAUAGAUAAGAUGAACUUGAUGAUAUUCUUUGCAAACAUUCUUGACCCUAGGGACAAAUUAGAGUACAUGCCAGCACAGAUCUUACACAUGUAUGGUGAGUUAAAAGGUAAAACCUACUAUGAGAAAGUGGUUGCAGCUUUUACGGAGUUGUUUGAUGAUUAUGCUGCCUCUGUUGUCCCUAUUGCUCCUGUGAUUCCUUCUACUGUUGUCCCUACUGUUUCUGUCAUCUCUUUUACUGAUUCUUCACAGUCUAAUGUUUGGAAUCCCCAGGGUUUGUUAAAGUCCCAGAUUAAGAAACAAAGAAUGGAGAGUGGGGGAAAGAAAAAAACUGAGUUGGAAAUUUACCUUGCUGAGGCAUUAGUUGAAGAAGAAUCUUCUUUUGACAUACUUAGAUGGUGGAAGCUGAAUGCUGAAAGAUUUCCUAUCCUUUCAAAAGUAGCUAGGGAUGUCUUAGCUAUACCAAUAUCCACUGUUGCCUCAGAAUCUGCUUUCAGUACAUCGGGGAGGGUUUUAGAUCCUUUUAGGAGUUCUUUAACUCCUAAAAUUGUGGAAGCUCUGGUUUGUACUCAGGAUUGGCUUAGACUGCCUAAUACCCCCAUAUCAAUUGAGGAAAAUCUGGAGGAAUUGGAGAGAUUUGAACAAGAAUUGGGUGCUGAUGGUGGGAGUGGAGCUGGGAGGAUUGGUGGUUCUACACUUCCUACGAUUCCUGUAAUGUUAUGCUUUAUACUUUAUACUACUUUAUAUUCUUGCAUUAAUGAAGAAGAAGAACAGUAG